CUGCCAUUAGUUGAAUAUGGUUUGAGUCUGUGUUUAUAUAAAAGGCUACACUUACCACCACCCAUCUCUCUCUAUCUUGAAGUAGAGUCUAAGCCACCGUCAGAUCUAAGAUCUCAGCUCUCCGUUCCAAGCCAUGGCCGAGAAGGGGAAGGAGAAGGUAACUAUGAUGAAGUUGAAGGUGGAUCUUGAGUGUGCCAAGUGUUACAAGAAGGUCAAGAAGGUUCUUUGCCAGAUCCCUCAAAUCAGAGACCAACUGUUUGAUGAGAAGUCCAACAUAGUCAUCAUCAAGGUGGUCUGCUGCAGCCCUGAGAAGAUCAUGGACAAACUCUGUUCUAAAGGUGGUGGCUCUAUCAAGACCAUCGAGAUCGUCCAGCCACCCAAACCGCCUCAGCCUCAGCCACAAGCUCAGCCUCCUCCUGCCCAAAAGCCCAAAGAUGCUCCCAAACCCGCCGAGAAGCCCAAAGAGGCCGGCGAGAAGCCUAAGCAACCUGAAAAGCCCAAAGAGUCUGAAAAGCCUAAACAGGCUGAAAAACCGAAGGAAGCUGAGAAGCCUAAGCAAGCAGAGAAACCCAAAGAAUCCGACAAACCGGCAGCGGCUAAACCCGCCGCACCAGCUCCUGCACAGCAGGCACAGGCACCUGCUGCAGCACCAAAGCAGGCUGGACCACCACCACAAGCGAUGCCGAUGAUGUCACAGGGGCAACCAGUAGCAGCUAUGUAUUAUGGGCCAUCAUACUAUGACGGUUUUGGAGGUGGGCCAGCGUUCAGUGGAUACGGAAUGCCGCAGCCACCACAGCAUCAGUACGAGACUUAUGGCCGACCUGUCUAUGACAGCUGGGGAGGAGGACCACCACCUAGUUACCGACAAUGCAACCUCAACAGAUGCGAUUACUUCAGCGAAGAGAACCCACAAAGCUGCUCCAUCAUGUGAUAUUAUUAUGAUUCCUUCCCUUAUUCACUCUCUUUGUAUCCUUAUUAUAUUUUCCUUCAAAAUCUUUCUUUUCUUCUGAUACAAAUAAUAAAAAGAAUAUAUAGAGAGAUGUUUAAAUGUAACGUUGUAUUUUUAAAAAAGGCUGUAACUGUAAACAUUAUAAGAAAACUGUUUUAUUUCUUAAA